AUGAGCGCUAAUUUGUGCAAGAAAGGUAAUCAUUCUGAUCAUGAAGAGAAUAUUCAACAUGAAAUACGAAUCAUCCUUAUUGGAAAAACUGGAUUAGGAAAGAGUUCACUCGGUAAUUCAAUUUGUGGAAGUAGAGAAAAAAAUGUUCCAUUCAAAGCAGCUGCUUCAUCUUCAUCGGUAACUCAGACUUCGGAAUGUGCUUAUCGGGAUUACAAUGGAUGCAAGUUAUGUGUUAUUGAUACAGCAGGAUUCUGUGACACGAAACAAUUGAAUGAGAUCGUAAUUGCUCAGCUGAAAAAAGGUUUCCAACUGGCUAGUCCCGGUCCUCAUGCUUUUCUUAUUAUUGUCAAUGGCCGAUGCACGGAUGAACAUAUUGGAAUUCUGGCAUUGCUGCAAAAAAUAUUCGGUAAACAGGCUUUAAAACAUUGUAUUAUUGUCAUCACACGUGAGAAUGCACUUCGCAAUGAUGAUGACGAUCAAUUAUCGGAUGCCGAAUUGAUUGAUCGAUAUUUUAAUGAAGCACCACAAUCAUUGCUUGAUUUGGUGACCAACAUUCAGAAACGUUGUAUUCUAAUCGAAAAUCGAGCUGAAUAUGAAAUACGUGAACAAAAAAUUACUCAUCUUGUUGACAUGAUCAAAACCAUCGAAAAGGAAAAUGGCUACUAUACCAACCAGAUGUUCAUUGAAGCCGAGAUGCAAUGGAAACAAUGGGAAAAGGAUGAAAUUGAGCGACAGGAACUAGAUCGAGAAAAAAGAAAAGAAAAUUUGCGCAAACAGAUUCGUCAAGAAAAUCGAUCGCGAGAAGAAGCUCUUCAACAAGAAGAGCAAAUGUAUGAAGAACUUCGCCAUGAAGAGGAAUGUUUAAAACGAGAAAUACUAUCUUGGGUACUUUCAGGAAAAAGUGCACUGGGUAAUUUAAUUCUUGGAUAUCAAAAAUUCAAAACAGGUGCUGGUGCCGGAUCAGUAACGCGUGAAUGUGAAUCGUCAUCGAUUGUUUUUAAUAAUCGAAAUAUUACUGUCAUCGACACUCCUGGAUGGUUCGACACCAAAUUAUCGAAUGAAGAUAUUUCAAAAGCACUUACUGACUCUUAUUACGAGGCUGCACCUGGUCCACAUGCUUUUCUAAUUGUCACUGCUGGACGGUAUACCACAGAAGCUGAAGAUACAUUGAUUUUCCUUGAACGAUUAUUCGGGAGUUCAGUUGUUGAUUAUUGUAUUGUUGUGAUAACUCAUGAAGAUGAUUUAAGAGAUGAUGAUAAAACUCUGGAUGAAUACUUGGGCGAUUCCACUUCACAGCUUCGAUGUUUCGUCAACAAGUGUGGUGGUCGCUGCACUGCUGUUAAUUCAAAAACAAAAGAUAGCGAUGAACGGAAAACAAAGUUAACAGAAUUACUCGGAUGUAUCGAUAACAUCUUCAGAAAAAAACAAACAUCUUAUUAUACACAUGAAUUAUUUGAAAGAGCAGCCCAAGAUGAAGCAGAACAACGACAAAAGGAAGAAGAGAGAGUGCGACGUGAAUGGGGUGAGGAAGAAAUUCGCACCGAAAUUUUUCAAUGGUUUGCAGGAGAAUAA